GCAGCCACAGUGGCCUGGUCAUGACCGCAGUUGCUUUUCCCAAUUCCUUCUCUGUGCCCAUGACAAUGCUGCUGGCCAUUGGUUCACAUCCUUUGUUGGCCCAGGAUGGAGAGGCCGUGCAAGAUGUGGAGGACCGCAUUUCCAUGUUAUUCCUGGCAAGCUAUCCGUUCUGGGUGGUGGCGCGUUGGGGAAUCGGAUUUCCGGUUCUGACAGGGGCUUUGUCCUUCGAGCAGUGGAGACAGAAGGUCCUCAACCCACCGGUGAAGGCUUGUUUGCUGUCUUUGCCCGUGGCCUUGGCUUUGCAGCACGCACACGCUUUGCAGAGUUGGGGCGUCAGCUUCGACUUCUUUCAACCAGUGACAACUGCAGUGGGCUAUGCUGGACGCUGCUCAGUUCCAUUGCUCUUGAUGGCGCUGGGCUCGAAGGUUGAUAGCAUUUCUGCGGAAAUCUGGGACACAAGAGGAGGACCAGGGGAAGCGCCAAAGGCCAACUACCAGGCGUUGCUGAUUCCUUCCAUUGCUUCGCGUGGGCAACAUGCGGACAGCGAGUCUGGAACAUCUGAAACGACAGGAAACGGCAGCGAUGAUCCGAAAGAAAAGUCUGAGGUUAAUGGCAAUGAAGCCCCUAGUGUCCCUAGCAUGCCACUGCGAGGGCACCUUGCAGUUCUGCUUCUGCGUCAGCUGUUCGGCGCUUUGCUGGGACUUCUCAUGGCAUACCUGGUGAGACGCUUCUGUGGUAUCACGGACCACGUGGUUCUCAUGACCCUUUUGUUGCAAAGCUGCGGUCCUCCCAUGAUCAACUUGUCCGUCAUGGCGGGCGUCAGCGGAUCGGCCCAGCGAGACUCCGCAAAACUGCUGCUGAUCACUUACGCUGCCUCUGUCUUUACAUGGGUGAUUUGGAUGACGAUCUAUCUGUCUUGGCUGUAGCAGGCACUGACUUACGUCAGGCUUCAACUGCGGCGCAGGUGGAACCAGUGAAACAGCUUCAUGUCAUAGGCGGAAGCCUUGGCCAAACAACACAGCCCCAGAUGCAGUGUUUCACCAGUUCCAUGAUGUUCCAUGGCCAGCAGCGGGGAAGCUGCAGGGUGAAGUACUCUCAGAGUACACAUGUACAAAGCGAACCAUUGACCAUUGUGAGAGGAUCAAUGGGCGAUCGGCUGAUAUAAA